AUGGCACCGACGACGAUGACCUACACCUCAAUUCCGAUUCCUACCGGCGACGUUAUCCACCGAUCAAUCCAUAACCUCACUUCCGCUAUCUCUCGCCACCGUCCCUGGUCAGAACUCGUCACUUCCGGCGCUUUUUGUCUUCCGGAGAGACUCUCCGCUCUUCCCCUCCGUUUAAGGACGAAUUUCCGAUACUUCUCCGUCAACUACGCGAUUGUCGUCGGCACUUGCGCCGCUUUUUCUCUAAUCACAGUCAGUCCCGUCGCGCUAGUGGUCGUCGGCACGAUCAUCGCCUUGUGGCUUCUCUUUCACUUCUUCAGAGAAGAUCCACUUAUUCUAUGGAGCUUUCAGGUCGGAAAUCGGACGGUGUUGCUGUUUCUGUUCUUAGUCUCCGUGUGGGCCAUAUGGUUCACUAGCUCCGCCGCGAGCUUGGCGAUAGGUGUCGGCGUUGGCUUGCUACUGUGCAUUACUCACUCCGUUAUUAGGAACUCCGACGGGCUCUUCCUUGAGGAAGAUGAUGCUGUUACCGGAGGCUUGAUCGGUUUUAAUCUCCGGUGA